UCUUUCUUUCUUUCUUUCUUUCUUUCUUUCUUUCUUUCUUUCUUUCUUUCUUUCUUUUUAUUAUUACGUAUUUUCUUCAAUUACAUUUCCAAUGCUAUCCCAAAAGUCCCCCCCCCCCCACUCCCCUACCCACCCAUUCCCAUUUUUUGGCUCUGGCGAUCCCCUGUACUGGGGCAUAUAAAGUUUGCCCGACCAAUGGGCCUCUUUCCAGUGAUGGCCGACUAGGUCAUCUUUUGAUGCAGCUAGAGUCAAGAGCUCUGGGGUACUGGUUAGUUCAUAAUGUUGUUCCACCGAUAGGGUUGCAGAUCUCUUUAGCUCCUUGGAUACUUUCUCUAGCUCCUCCAUUGGGGGCCCUGUGAUCCAUCCAAUAGUUGACUGUGAGCAUCCACUUCUGUGUUUGCUAGGCCCCGUCUUUCUCUCUCUCUCUCUCUCUUUCUUUCUUUCUUUCUCCUUCCUUCCUUCCUUUCUUUUUUUUUUUUUUGAGACAGGGUUUCUCUGUAUAGCCCUGAUUGUUCUGGAACUCCCUCUGUAGACCAGGCUGGCAUCGAACUCAGAAAUCCACCUGUCUCUGCCUUCCAAGUUCUGGAAUGAAAGGCGUGUGCCACCACUGCCUGGCUGGUUAACCCUUUCUAAAUUGAGAGAUUUCACCCCAGAGAAAGAAUUAGUUCCGAUUAUUAGCCAGAAACUUCCAGCGCCUUCUCUUCCAUAUGUGAGUCACAGGCUAGUGCUCUGCUGCUGAGCUGCACAUCCAGCUUCCUUUAACUAGAAGUGUAUAUGCACGUGUGUGCAGUCUCAGGAUGUGAGAGCAGUUGGCCCUGGACUGCUGAGUUUAAGAGUGUCUGCCUCGCCUCCCCGAGUAGCUGGAAUUACAGGUGCACGGCCUCAGCUUCCUAUCCAGGCUGGUAUGGUAGUACACUAUCCUUUUCAAAGGGCUUUAUUGGACCACUGCUUACUGCCUGUCUUGGUCACUGUUCUAUUUCUGUGACUAAGCAUUCAACUAUAUGAGCUUGUGGGGGAAUCUUCUCAUUCAAGCCACCAUGUUCCACUGUCUGGCCCUCACAGACUUGUAGCCAUCUCAUAAGGCAAAUAUGCAUUCAGUCCAACUUCAUAAGUCCCCAUAGGUCAUCAUAGUUUUAACACUGUUUAAAAGCUCGAAGUCUCUUUUAAUACUCAUGGCAAACUCUUAACUGUAAUCCCCUGUAAGAUCUAAUCUAAAAGCAGAUCACCUACUUCCAACAUACAAUGUCACAGAAUACAUAGUACUAUUCAAAAAGCAUGGUGAGGAAAUACUGGACCAGAGUAAACCUGAAAAUCAGCUGGGCAAACUCCAGAUUCUCCAUCUCCAUGUCUUAUGUCAAAAGUGCUCUGUAGGCCUCUAGUUUCUUUUAGCUUUGUUGACUGCAACACAUUCCUCCCCUCCCCUCCCUGAACUGGUUCUACACCCAGUCUGCAACUUUCCUUGACAGGUAUCUCAAGAUACUGGGAUCUCCAAUCUCUUGGGGUCUUUAACACAAUCCAGGUUUUACCUUCAUACUUUCAUGCAAUGGCAGUGGUGUGGUUUGGAUAAAAACGGCUCCCAUGGGCUUGUAUAUUUGGAUGCUUAGUCACCAGGGAGUGAAACUCUUUGAAAUGGCCUCUCUGGGACUCUAGGUAGGGAUACCAGAGAUGCUCACCUGGCCUCAGUGGCUUUCCUUAGCCACAGAGGGAGAUUCCACAACCCUUUUCUUGUAUUCUUAACUCUAAAUCACAACCACAUGGACAAGGCUGCCAAGUUCUGCUGCUUGAUGGGGCUGGAACUUGGCCCGAGUUACAUUUGUAUUAGCUUCUCUGUUGUUGAUGGUUUCCUUUACUGCUCAAGGUUCCCUUUAAUUCCUUUUUACAAGUUGGAAUCUUACUUGGGUGGGGUAUGAGGCCAUUAUUCCUUCAUUCCAUUUAGCAUCAAGCUUUCCUUUAAAGCCUUUUAUCCCUUAAGCCCUGGCCUUAGGCUCUAUUGCACUUCCUGGUUCUCCUUUUUCUCCUCAAACUGCACAUUUUGUUAUUUCCCCUUGUCCAGCCUUUAUCAUUACAUACAUUCAUAAGAGUGGUAACAGCACAGCCAAUACUAGGCAGUAUUGAAAUCUCUCUGCCAACUUCACUAGUCCAAAACUCUUCAAUUUAGCUUCAGGAAGAUUUUAUGGACUAGAGCAUAACAUUCUUCACCAAAAUAUCACAAUUAUGAUCUAUAGGCCACAUGCUAAUAGUAUUCCUCUCUAAAACUUCUUGAUCUGGGCCCCCACAGUUCAAGUCAUCCUCAGCACUGCCUUUCAUGUUGCUACUAGAGUGGCCCAUUAUGCCCUGUUAAAACAUCCAACCAUUUUUCUAGUCCGAAGUUCCAAAGUCCACAUUCUACCAACAAGCAGCAUGGUCAGGCAAUACCCCAUUGCUGGUACCAACUUCUGUCAUUGUCUCUGUUCUUCUUCUGUGAAGAGACACCAUGACCAAGGCCACUCUUAUAAAAGACAGCAUUUGGUCAGAAGAUUGCUUACAGUUUCAGAGGUUUAGACCAUUAUCAUCAUGGCAGAGAACAUGGAAGCACAAAUAUAGACAUGGUGCUGUAGAAGUAGCCAAGAGUUCAAUAUUCUGAUCUUCAGGAACAUGAGGGUGGGGAGGAAGAGGAAGAGGAGAGGUGAGGCAAAGGAGAAGGAUUAGGAAGAGAAGGAGAAGAGGAGGAAGAGGAAAAAGAGGAAGAGGAGGAGAAAGAAGAGGAAGAGGACAAAGGGUGGGGUACCCCCCCCCCCCGAAAAAGGGUUUCUCUGGAUAGCUCUGUCUGUCCUUUAACUCACUCUGUAGACCAUGCUGGCCUCAAACUCAGAAAUUCACCUGCCUCUGCUUCCCAAGUGCUGGGAUUAAAGUGUGUGCCACCACUGCCUGGCCGGGGUGGGGCAUUUUUAUUCAAACCACCACACUGCCACCCCCCAACCUUAUUUCUUCAUGUAAUAUAUGAUUACUACUACAUGCUUUGAGUGAGGAGAGAGUCUGAACUUUAGGUACAAAAAACUAGGAGUGGAUAAAUGAGGCUGGACACAUAAUGGAAAGGAAGGUGGAGAAGGGAGGUUUGGAAGAAAAAAACAUGGCAAAGCGGAGGGGCCCGGUGUGAGCCCUGGUCAAGAGCAUCUGAAGCCGACAUGCUCAGAGCAUCCUUGAGGCUCUCUCUGCCUAUGACUUUUCUUAGUUCUCUUGGCUGGAACCAUUCCCUCUUUUAACUGCACUCUCGUUGCGUUUAUCAUGCCUAUCUUUUUGGAUUGGUUUUACAUACUUCUAAAUUAUUAACUACUAGAUGGGAGCUAUUAUAUUGUGAACGGACUCAGAGUCACAACUGCUUUUUGUCUGAGCCUCAGCACUAAGGUGUUUGGGCUCUGGAAUCCUUAUGCAACAAGGACUUUUUUCCACCUCUCCUAGACAGGGUUUCUCUGUGUGUAUUCCUAGCUUUCCUGAACUCACUGUGUAGACCAGGCUGGCUUGGAACAGAAAGAUCUCUGCCUACCUCCCUGGAGCAUUGAGAUUAAAGGUGUGGAUCACCACUGCCGGGCUAGCCAGGACAUCCUUUGCCUUAGAGUGAGGUGUACUGUACUUGGAGCCAUUGGCAGUAUAAAGCAGUGCACACAAUAUGUUAAAAAUCUUUCAUUAUGUGUAUGAACUGCUGUGUGCCUGACACAUCUUUUUGCUUGACAUACAGUAUUUAGACCCAGUGUAUAACAAAAUGCUGUAACUGGGUAAAUAAUUAAGGCCACUUGGUUAAGUAGCAGAAUCAGGACUGAAAUUCUACUUUGUCUGACUCUAGAACCAGCAGUGUCCAUCACACGGACUUGAGGGGAAAAAAAAAUCAAAGUAGCAAUUACAGGAUGGUUGGUAGUCAUGGGAUGCAGCGCUUUCAGUGGCUUAACUCACUAUUAAUUGACUGACACAAGGUCUUACUGUGUAGUUCUAACUGGCCUGGAACUCUUAGAUCAGGCUGGCCCACAACUUAAGAUGUCUGUCUGCCUCUGUCUUCUGAGUGCUGGGACAAAGGUGUGCAUCAUUGACCAGCCUUGAACACUUUGUAGUUUAUCUAGGUGAAAACUGGAGCUGAUGGCCAACUAAAAAUUAUUCCUUAUCUGUCUCAUGGUGUACCCAGUAAAUCUUGAUAUCUAAUUUUUCAUGUAUUCUCAAAAGAACUUCCUAAACUAAAGAAGAGAAGAAAACUGCUCUGCUGUGCAAUCAUUAAUGUUGUAUACCCGAUUUAACGAACGACUGUUACAGACUGGAGAAGAGGCUUCAUGCUUUCAGCGGAAUUCGAUAUUUCGAAAGGAUCACAGAAAACUUUAAGAGGGAAACUGUACCGGUUCGGGAGUGAGGGUACGCGGAGGAGGAAGAAUUUCAUAAGUUGUAGUUCUGAUACCCCAGGUCACAAGAAAUCUCCCUACAACAGAUGCAUAUCAUCUUUCAUUAAAGUAUACACACACACAACCACCCCCAUAUAAAAACCACACGAAUAACUAAAAAGUGGAAAUUUCCACGUUGCACGAUGGUAGUGCUGAUGAAAGCUGCUACACAGUCACUUCCAAGAUCCUACUAUCAGGUUUUGAUAAGGCUCUUACGUAACUGCCUGCCGUAGGAAGCGGAGCAUCUCUGGUUCCUCGGGGUACAUUUCUCUUAAGUAUAAAUGCGGCUGGAGGACGAGAAACAACAACAAGCCAUUCGCAUAUGCACAACCAUUAGGGAUCCGGGAGGAAAAGAAACCCGGCGCGCGUGCCCUUUCGCCCGGCUUCCCGAGCACGUGCUCUCUGGAACACGCCGCCCCGCCCCGGGGGGCCGGGCUCGCGGCCCAGCGCGCCAAUAGGCGAGCACCUUACAGCACCGUGGCCCGACAACGUUAAGCGGCCCAAUCGCUGGGGCCCGGCCGCCCGUUUCCCGGAGCCCCGCCCCGCGCGCAGAGCCCCGCCCCCGCGGCCCCGCCCUCCGCCCCUCCCCCGCCGAUCGGCGCCCAGGCUGCGAGACGGAGAAACUGGGGCAGAAGUGAAGAUGGCGGCGGCGGCGCUGGCGGCGGCGGUUCGUCGCCAGUGACGCGCGCUGCGGGCUGCUGUCCCUCCCCGCUCCCCGCGUCCGCCGCGUCCGCCCCGGCACCUCUCCACCCGCCGCUCGCCGCGCUCCGGGCUGCCCUCGUCCGUGCGCGCCGUGGCCGGCCGAGCGGGCGGCGCGUUGAUCCGCCCUCCCGCCCGCCGCGCCGGGCCGCCGGGCCGCGGACACACGCUCGGCGGGGAGGCGGCGGUCCCUGCGCGCUCGCGGCCCUCCGUUUGGGGACCGGGAGGAGGAGGCGGUGGCGGCGGCCGUGGGAUCCGGGGACGGGAAGGGGAUCGGGGGGCCGGACGACAGCGGGAGCGGCUCGUUCCCGGGAGCGGGGCGCGCAGGCGGUACCAUGACGUCCAUCCAUUUCGUGGUCCACCCGCUGCCGGGCACCGAGGACCAGCUCAAUGACAGGUUACGGGAAGUUUCAGAGAAGCUGAACAAGUACAAUUUGAACAGCCACCCACCUCUGAAUGUACUGGAGCAGGCUACUAUUAAACAGUGUGUGGUGGGACCCAAUCACGCCGCGUUUCUUCUUGAGGAUGGCAGAAUUUGUAGGAUUGGUUUUUCAGUACAACCAGACAGACUGGAAUUGGGUAAACCUGAUAAUAAUGAUGGGUCAAAACUGAACAGCAGCUCGGGGACAGGGAGGACCUCUAGGCCAGGAAGGACAAGUGACUCCCCGUGGUUUCUCUCAGGUUCUGAGACUCUGGGCAGGUUGGCAGGCAACACUCUGGGAAGCCGCUGGAGUUCUGGCGUGGGGGGAAGUGGAGGAGGCUCCUCUGGUCGGUCGUCUGCUGGAGCUCGUGAUUCCCGGCGACAGACUCGAGUCAUUCGGACUGGCCGGGAUCGGGGGUCUGGACUCCUGGGCAGUCAGCCCCAGCCAGUUAUUCCAGCAUCUGUCAUUCCUGAGGAGCUGAUAUCACAGGCACAAGUUGUUCUACAAGGCAAAUCGAGAAGUGUCAUUAUUCGAGAACUUCAGAGAACAAAUCUUGAUGUCAACCUUGCUGUAAAUAACUUACUGAGCCGGGAUGAUGAGGAUGGAGAUGACGGUGAUGACACAGCCAGUGAAUCUUACCUGCCGGGAGAAGAUCUUAUGUCUCUUCUUGACGCUGACAUUCACUCUGCCCACCCAAGUGUCAUUAUUGAUGCUGAUGCCAUGUUUUCUGAGGACAUUAGCUAUUUUGGUUAUCCUUCUUUUCGUCGUUCAUCACUCUCUAGGCUAGGCUCAUCACGAGUUCUCCUUCUUCCCUUAGAGAGAGACUCAGAGCUUCUGCGGGAACGGGAGUCUGUUCUACGUUUACGGGAGCGGCGGUGGCUUGAUGGAGCCUCAUUUGAUAAUGAAAGGGGCUCUACCAGCAAAGAGGGAGAGUCAAACCCGGAUAAGAAGAACACGCCUGUUCAGAGUCCAGUGUCUCUGGGAGAAGACUUACAGUGGUGGCCUGAUAAGGAUGGAACAAAAUUUACCUGCAUUGGGGCUCUGUAUUCUGAGCUUCUUGCUGUCAGCAGCAAAGGAGAACUUUAUCAAUGGAAAUGGAGUGAAUCUGAGCCUUACAGAAAUGCCCAGAAUCCUUCAUUGCAUCAUCCACGAGCAACAUUUUUGGGGUUGACCAAUGAAAAGAUAGUCCUCUUGUCUGCAAAUAGCAUAAGAGCAACUGUAGCUACUGAAAAUAACAAGGUUGCUACAUGGGUGGAUGAAACAUUAAGUUCUGUGGCUUCUAAGUUAGAACACACAGCACAGACUUACUCUGAACUUCAAGGAGAACGGAUAGUUUCUUUACAUUGCUGUGCCCUUUAUACCUGUGCCCAGCUGGAGAAUAAUUUGUAUUGGUGGGGUGUUGUUCCUUUCAGUCAAAGGAAGAAAAUGUUAGAGAAAGCUAGAGCAAAAAAUAAAAAGCCCAAAUCCAGUGCUGGUAUUUCUUCCAUGCCAAACAUCACUGUUGGAACUCAGGUGUGCUUGAGAAAUAACCCUCUCUACCAUGCUGGAGCGGUUGCCUUUUCAAUUAGUGCUGGCAUUCCUAAAGUUGGUGUCUUGAUGGAGUCAGUAUGGAAUAUGAAUGAUAGCUGUAGAUUUCAACUUCGGUCUCCAGAGAGCCUGAAGAGCAUGGAAAAAGCCAGCAAAACUCUUGAGACAAAGCCCGAGAGUAAGCAGGAACCAGUAAAAACAGAAAUGGGCCCUCCACCAUCACCAGCAUCCACCUGCAGCGACGCGUCCUCAAUUGCCAGCAGUGCAUCCAUGCCAUACAAACGACGUCGGUCAACUCCUGCCCCGAGAGAAGAGGAGAAGGUGAACGAGGAGCAGUGGCCCCUUCGGGAAGUUGUUUUUGUUGAAGAUGUUAAGAACGUUCCUGUUGGCAAGGUGCUGAAGGUAGAUGGUGCCUAUGUCGCUGUAAAGUUUCCAGGAACAUCUACUAACACCACCUGUCAGAACAGCUCUGGUCCAGACGCCGACCCUUCCUCGCUCCUGCAGGACUGCAGGCUGCUUCGAAUUGAUGAGCUGCAGGUUGUCAAAACGGGCGGCACCCCAAAAGUUCCCGACUGUUUUCAGAGGACUCCCAAAAAGCUUUGUAUACCCGAGAAGACUGAAAUACUAGCAGUAAAUGUGGAUUCCAAAGGUGUCCAUGCUGUUCUGAAGACUGGAAGCUGGGUUCGGUACUGUGUCUUUGAUCUUGCCACAGGGAAGGCUGAACAAGAGAAUAAUUUCCCAACAAGCAGUGUUGCUUUUCUUGGUCAGGAUGAGAGGAGUGUCGCUAUCUUCACUGCUGGGCAGGAAUCUCCUAUUGUUCUUCGAGAUGGAAAUGGUACUAUCUACCCAAUGGCCAAGGAUUGCAUGGGAGGAAUACGGGAUCCUGACUGGCUUGAUCUCCCACCAAUCAGUAGUCUUGGGAUGGGUGUACAUUCUUUAAUAAAUCUUCCUGCCAACUCAACAAUCAAAAAGAAAGCAGCUAUUAUCAUCAUGGCUGUAGAGAAGCAAACCUUAAUGCAGCACAUUCUCAGAUGUGACUACGAGGCCUGCCGACAGUAUCUCGUGAAUCUGGAGCAAGCCGUGGUUUUAGAGCAGAACCUGCAGAUGUUACAGACGUUCAUCAGCCACAGAUGUGAUGGGAACCGGAACAUUUUACAUGCUUGUGUAUCAGUUUGCUUUCCAACCAGCAAUAAGGAAACUAAAGAAGAAGAGGAAGCUGAGCGCUCAGAAAGAAAUACAUUUGCUGAAAGGCUUUCUGCUGUGGAGGCCAUUGCAAAUGCAAUAUCAGUUGUUUCAAGUAACGGCCCAGGUAAUCGGGCUGGAUCAUCAAAUAGUCGAAGUUUGAGAUUACGAGAAAUGAUGAGACGUUCAUUGAGAGCAGCUGGUUUGGGUAGACAUGAGGCUGGAGCUUCAUCCAGUGACCACCAGGAUCCAGUUUCACCCCCCAUAGCUCCCCCUAGCUGGGUUCCUGACCCUCCUUCAAUGGAUCCUGAUGGUGAUAUUGAUUUUAUCCUGGCCCCCGCUGUGGGAUCUCUUACCACAGCAGCGACUGGCAGUGGUCAAGGACCCAGCACCUCCACCAUUCCAGGUCCUUCCACAGAGCCAUCUGUAGUAGAAUCCAAGGAUCGAAAGGCAAACGCACAUUUCAUAUUAAAAUUACUAUGCGACAGUGCGGUUCUGCAGCCUUAUCUACGAGAGCUUCUUUCUGCCAAGGAUGCAAGAGGAAUGACCCCGUUUAUGUCAGCUGUAAGUGGCCGGGCUUAUCCUGCUGCAAUCACCAUCCUAGAAACAGCCCAGAAGAUUGCCAAAGCUGAAGUAUCUGCAAGUGAAAAGGAGGAAGAUGUGUUCAUGGGAAUGGUUUGCCCGUCAGGUACCAACCCUGACGACUCCCCUUUGUAUGUCUUAUGUUGCAACGACACCUGCAGCUUUACCUGGACUGGAGCAGAGCACAUUAACCAGGACAUUUUUGAAUGUCGGACUUGUGGUUUACUGGAGUCGCUUUGUUGUUGUACAGAAUGUGCAAGGGUUUGUCAUAAAGGGCACGAUUGCAAACUCAAGAGGACUUCACCAACAGCUUAUUGUGAUUGUUGGGAGAAAUGUAAAUGUAAAACAUUGAUUGCUGGACAGAAGUCUGCUCGUCUUGAUCUACUUUAUCGCCUGCUUACUGCUACAAAUCUGGUCACCCUACCAAACAGUAGGGGAGAGCACCUUUUGCUGUUCUUAGUACAGACCGUGGCCAGGCAGACAGUGGAGCACUGUCAGUAUAGGCCUCCACGAAUCAGGGAGGAUCGCAACAGGAAAACAGCCAGUCCUGAAGAUUCAGAUAUGCCUGACCAUGACUUAGAGCCCCCAAGGUUUGCCCAGCUUGCCCUAGAGCGCGUCCUUCAGGACUGGAAUGCUUUGAGAUCUAUGAUUAUGUUUGGGUCACAAGAGAACAAAGAUCCUCUGAGUGCCAGCAGCAGGAUAGGCCAUCUUUUGCCAGAAGAGCAGGUCUACCUCAACCAGCAGAGCGGCACGAUUCGGCUCGACUGUUUCACUCAUUGCCUUAUUGUCAAGUGUACAGCAGAUAUUUUGCUUUUAGAUACUCUGCUAGGCACCUUAGUAAAAGAACUCCAAAACAAGUACACACCCGGACGCCGGGAAGAAGCAAUUGCCGUGACAAUGAGGUUUCUACGAUCUGUGGCAAGAGUGUUUGUCAUUCUUAGUGUGGAAAUGGCUUCGUCCAAAAAGAAAAACAACUUUAUUCCACAGCCAAUUGGAAAAUGCAAACGUGUGUUUCAAGCACUGCUUCCUUAUGCUGUAGAAGAAUUGUGUAAUGUGGCAGAGUCUCUGAUUGUUCCUGUCAGAAUGGGGAUUGCCCGGCCGACAGCACCGUUUACUCUGGCCAGUACUAGCAUAGAUGCCAUGCAGGGCAGUGAAGAAUUAUUUUCAGUAGAACCAUUACCACCACGGCCGUCAUCAGAUCAGGCAAGCAGCUCCAGUCAGUCUCAGUCAUCUUACAUCAUUCGGAACCCACAGCAGAGGCGCAUCAGCCAGUCACAGCCCGUCAGAGGCCGAGACGAGGAGCAGGAUGAUAUUGUGUCAGCAGACGUGGAAGAGGUUGAGGUGGUGGAAGGCGUGGCUGGAGAGGAGGAUCAUCAUGAUGAACAGGAAGAGCACGGGGAAGAGAAUGCUGAGGCUGAGGGACAUCACGAUGAGCAUGAUGAAGACGGAAGUGACAUGGAGCUAGAUUUGUUAGCAGCAGCUGAAACGGAAAGUGACAGUGAAAGUAACCAUAGUAACCAAGAUAAUGCUAGUGGGCGCAGAAGUGUUGUCACCGCAGCCACUGCUGGCUCAGAAGCAGGAGCGAGCAGUGUUCCUGCCUUUUUUUCUGAAGAUGACUCUCAGUCAAAUGACUCAAGUGACUCUGACAGCAGUAGCAGUCAGAGUGAUGACAUAGAGCAGGAGACCUUUAUGCUCGAUGAGCCACUAGAAAGGACAACGAAUAGCUCCCAUGCAAAUGGUGCUGCCCAGGCUCCUCGCUCCAUGCAGUGGGCUGUCCGAAAUCCGCAGCAUCAGCGAGCAGCAAGCACAGCUCCGUCCAGCACAUCUACGCCAGCAGCAAGUUCUGCAGGUUUGAUUUAUAUUGAUCCUUCAAAUUUACGCCGGAGCGGCACCAUCAGUACAAGUGCUGCAGCGGCAGCAGCUGCUUUGGAAGCUAGCAAUGCCAGCAGCUACUUAACAUCUGCAAGCAGUUUAGCCAGGGCUUACAGCAUUGUCAUCAGACAAAUCUCGGACUUGAUGGGCCUUAUCCCUAAGUAUAAUCACCUAGUAUACUCUCAGAUUCCAGCAGCUGUGAAAUUGACUUACCAAGAUGCAGUCAACUUACAGAACUAUGUAGAAGAAAAGCUUAUUCCUACGUGGAACUGGAUGGUCAGUGUUAUGGAUUCUACUGAAGCUCAAUUACGUUAUGGUUCUGCACUAGCAUCUGCUGGUGACCCAGGACACCCAAAUCAUCCCCUUCAUGCCUCUCAGAAUUCAGCUCGAAGAGAGAGGAUGACUGCACGGGAAGAGGCCAGUCUAAGAACGCUUGAAGGCAGACGACGUGCUACAUUGCUGAGCGCCCGCCAGGGAAUGAUGUCUGCUCGAGGAGACUUUCUCAAUUAUGCUCUGUCUUUAAUGAGAUCUCAUAAUGAUGAGCAUUCUGAUGUUCUUCCAGUAUUGGAUGUGUGCUCAUUGAAACAUGUGGCAUAUGUUUUCCAAGCCCUUAUAUACUGGAUUAAAGCAAUGAAUCAGCAGACAACAUUAGACACUCCUCAACUGGAACGCAAAAGGACACGAGAACUUCUGGAACUGGGUAUUGAUAAUGAAGAUUCAGAACAUGAAAAUGAUGAUGACACCAGUCAAAGUGCUACUUUGAAUGAUAAGGAUGACGACUCUCUUCCUGCAGAAACUGGCCAAAACCAUCCAUUUUUCCGACGUUCAGACUCUAUGACAUUCCUUGGAUGUAUACCUCCAAAUCCAUUUGAAGUGCCUUUGGCUGAAGCCAUACCCUUGGCUGAUCAGCCACAUUUGUUGCAGCCAAAUGCUAGAAAGGAAGAUCUUUUUGGUCGCCCAAGUCAGGGUCUUUAUUCCUCAUCUGCCGGAAGUGGGAAAUGCAUAGUAGAGGUUACAAUGGACAGAAAUUGUCUCGAGGUUCUUCCAACUAAAAUGUCUUAUGCUGCCAAUCUAAAAAAUGUAAUGAACAUGCAAAACCGGCAGAAGAAAGAAGGGGAAGAACAGAGCCUGCUGGCCGAAGAAGCUGACAGUUCAAAGCCAGGUCCAUCCGCUCCUGAUGUUGCUGCCCAGUUGAAAAGCAGUUUACUAGCAGAGAUAGGACUCACGGAAAGUGAAGGGCCCCCCCUUACAUCUUUCAGGCCUCAGUGCAGUUUCAUGGGCAUGGUUAUCUCCCAUGACAUGCUGCUGGGACGCUGGCGCCUGUCUUUAGAACUGUUCGGCAGAGUAUUCAUGGAAGAUGUUGGUGCAGAGCCUGGAUCGAUUUUAACUGAAUUGGGUGGUUUUGAGGUAAAAGAAUCAAAGUUCCGUAGAGAGAUGGAAAAACUGAGAAACCAGCAAUCAAGAGAUUUAUCACUAGAGGUAAAGGUCGAUCGCGAUCGGGAUCUUCUCAUUCAGCAGACUAUGAGACAGCUUAACAACCAUUUUGGCCGAAGAUGUGCUACCACGCCAAUGGCUGUGCACAGAGUCAAAGUCACCUUUAAGGAUGAACCAGGAGAGGGCAGUGGUGUAGCAAGAAGUUUCUAUACAGCCAUUGCACAAGCGUUUUUAUCAAAUGAAAAAUUGCCAAAUCUAGAUUGUAUCCAAAAUGCCAACAAAGGUACUCAUACAAGUUUAAUGCAAAGAUUGAGGAACAGAGGUGAAAGAGACCGGGAGAGAGAGAGAGAACGGGAAAUGAGGAGGAGCAGUGGCUUGCGUGCAGGAUCUCGAAGAGACAGGGAUAGAGACUUCAGGAGACAGCUCUCCAUUGACACCAGGCCUUUCAGACCUGCUUCUGAGGGGAAUCCUAGUGAUGACCCUGACCCUCUUCCAGCUCAUCGGCAGGCACUUGGAGAGAGGCUUUACCCCCGAGUGCAAGCAAUGCAGCCCGCAUUUGCAAGUAAAAUCACUGGCAUGCUGUUGGAGUUAUCCCCAGCUCAGCUGCUUCUCCUUCUAGCAAGUGAAGAUUCUCUGAGGGCGAGAGUCGACGAGGCCAUGGAACUCAUUAUUGCUCAUGGACGGGAAAAUGGAGCUGACAGUAUUUUGGACCUCGGAUUAUUAGACUCUUCAGAAAAGGUACAGGAAAACAGAAAGCGCCAUGGCUCUAGUAGAAGUGUAGUGGAUAUGGAUUUAGAGGACACAGAUGAUGGUGAUGACAACGCUCCCUUGUUUUACCAACCUGGGAAGAGAGGAUUUUAUACUCCGAGACCUGGCAAAAACACAGAAGCAAGGCUGAAUUGUUUCAGAAACAUCGGCAGGAUUCUUGGACUAUGUCUGUUGCAAAAUGAACUAUGUCCUAUCACAUUGAAUAGGCAUGUAAUUAAAGUGUUGCUUGGUAGAAAAGUCAACUGGCAUGACUUUGCUUUUUUCGACCCUGUAAUGUAUGAGAGUUUACGACAACUGAUCCUUGCAUCUCAGAGUUCAGAUGCUGAUGCUGUUUUCUCAGCAAUGGAUUUGGCAUUUGCAAUUGACCUGUGUAAAGAAGAGGGUGGAGGACAGGUUGAACUUAUUCCAAAUGGUGUAAAUAUACCAGUCACUCCGCAGAAUGUAUAUGAGUAUGUAAGGAAAUAUGCAGAGCAUAGAAUGUUGGUGGUUGCAGAACAGCCAUUGCACGCAAUGAGAAAGGGUCUACUAGACGUGCUUCCAAAAAAUUCCUUAGAAGACUUAACAGCUGAGGACUUCCGGCUCUUGGUGAACGGCUGUGGUGAAGUCAAUGUGCAGAUGCUGAUCAGUUUCACUUCUUUCAAUGAUGAGUCAGGAGAAAAUGCUGAGAAGCUCCUCCAGUUCAAACGGUGGUUCUGGUCAAUAGUAGAGAAAAUGAGCAUGACAGAACGGCAGGACCUGGUUUACUUCUGGACAUCUAGCCCAUCAUUGCCAGCCAGUGAAGAAGGUUUUCAGCCUAUGCCCUCGAUCACAAUAAGACCACCAGAUGACCAACAUCUUCCUACUGCAAAUACUUGUAUUUCUCGACUUUAUGUCCCACUCUAUUCCUCUAAACAGAUUCUCAAACAAAAAUUACUACUCGCCAUUAAGACCAAGAAUUUUGGUUUUGUGUAGAGUAUAAAAAGUGUGUAUUGCUGUGUAAUAUUACUAGCUAAUUUUGUAGAUUUUUUUUCCCAUUUGUCUAUAAAAGUUUAUGGAAGUUAAUGCUGUCAUAACCCCCACCCCACCCCACCCCCGGUGGUACCUUAAAGAGAUUAAAUGCAAACAUUCCUUGCUGAGUUUGUAGCUUAAAGGCCUGAGAAGCACUGGCACCUUUUCUCUAUGAUGGUUUGCUAGUCGCCAACUUCUAGGUCUAACCCCAGCCAAAGAUGACAGCAGAACAACAUAAUUUACACUGUGAUUUAUCUUUUUUGCUGAGGGGGAAAAAUGUAAAAUGUUCUGAAAAUUCACUGCUGCCUUUGUGGAAAGUGUUUCAGCAAAGGUUCUUGUAUAGAGGGAAUAGGGAAUUUCAAAAUAAAAAAUUAAGUAUGUUCUGUGUUUUCAUUUUAGCUUUUUUAUGGUGUUAUUUGUGGUUGGCUGCAAUUGUGUAUCAUGUAUAUGGAACUUGUAAAAAGUUCUUGACAUUCGGAUUUUAGAGACAAAACCACUUUUACCUAUAAAAACCUCACUUUUAGUGUGGGUUAUUUCAGCUACAUUGAGCUCUAGGAUACUAAAUACACUAAUAGUUUGCAUGUAAUGUGUUCAUUUGAGAGAGGCACUUUUCUGUACAUAAAAUGGGCCGACGCACAGUACCUUGCCACAGUCACCUUUUUUCUUUGUACCCCUCUUUCAGUGCAGGUGGAUAGGUCACACUGCACUUGAGUGCUAACCAGAUGUCUGUACUAAGGUUAUGUGUACUCAGCCUGGGCACUUUCUGAUAACUGUAAAAUGUUUUAUAAGAUCAUGAAUACUGAAAAUUUUAAAUUUUGGAGAAUUUUAAAUGUUCUUGAGCAGCUUAACUACUUUUGUAUCUAGCCUUUUUUUUUAAGUAUCUUGUUACAUUUUACUUUUUUAAAUAAAUUACAGAAGAAAUGUCAAGUAACAUUGAAGAAACAGUUUUUAUUUAUAUAGUUGUACAUUUUUUAAGCUAGGGGCAAUGCACUGACAUGGUUAUAUUCAUACUUUUUUUUUAAGUUUAUAUACAUGUGAACUAUAAGAAAGUUAAGAAAAUCAGUCCACAUUUUACAGUUAGCAGAGAAUCCUAAAUGGCACUCAGCCAGGCCUUUUCGUUUUACAAGUAGAAGUGUGAUUAGUCAGCACAGAAGUUUUGAGUCAACUCCAUGACAGGCAUCCAUCCAUCUAUCUAUCUAUCUAUCUAUCUAUCUAUCUAUCUAUCUAUCUAUCUAUCUAUCUAUCUAUCUAUCUAUCUAUUUUUAAAGAUGCUCUGUGGUCUGGGACCAAUACCCUUACAUUUGUGGACUGAGAGUUUUAUUCAGUCAGAUAACAAGGAAUUAAAAGUCCCUACUAGGAUUUAAAUUAGUUACUUAAAUAUUCAAAAACAAUUAACGAUACCUGUCUUUUCAGUGCCUGUUUAGGACUCCUGGCCUUUGAUAGUUUUCAUGUUUAAAGGGACUGUGCUUUUAUUAUGUAACUUCCUUUAAAAAACUGAAUCACAUGGCAUUCUCAGCCCCUGUUGACACUUAAGAUAUAAAAAGUAUACACCACCAUGCUGAAAUAGAUAUAUGUAAAUUAGCCAAAGUGAUACAAUGGUUUAUAUGUCUAAAUAUACUGAAUAAGGGCCAACAAACAUCAAUGUGUCUAAAAGGAAUAAAACAAACAUAACCCUCGUGUGCACUUGACAGGCUUGAUAACUGUUAAAUAUGAUGAGGACACUUAGACCCUAAUUGUAAGUUUAUUUUUAAUAGUUAUUAAAAGAAAGAAAAUAUUUAAAUAAUGCAGUAUUUAAAGUGCAAGAUAUCUGAGGUCUUCCAUAUUGGUUAAAAUGCUUUUAGUAAUAGUAAGAGCAUAGUAAGGUGUUUUUUUUUUUUUUUUUUUUUUUUUUGAAGUUUGGCUACUUCCUGCAUCUCCAAAAGUGUGGUUCAAGAUGCUCUGGAGUGGCUCUGGCUUACUGCCACAGGCUGGAGAGGAUGUUUCAAAAGGAAUUCUUUUACUACUUAAUACUUGUUCCCAGACAACAUAUCUGCUGUAAAGAUAGGUUUGCUUUAAUAAAUGUAACAACUGUAAGACUCAA